CACUGGAGUCAAGAUGGCGCGAGUUAUUGAAAUGGAUAAUCUGCCAUUUGCCAUCAUUUGCACCCCGUUCUGUGUCUGCGCUACUGUACUGAACGUCUUCUUCAUUUUUUGCCUCUGUAAGCCAGCUGCGGGAGUGAACGUUCGUCAACCUUUGUACCUGUUACUAACUGCAGUGUUAGGCAAUUCAAUAGUUCAGCAAUUGAUUGCCAUGAUCUCAGUUGUCCUGUCCUUUUUAUCACCACCUGACUGGCUUCUCGUAGUAAACGUGGCAAUAAUCUUCCAAACCUACUGCUCCAGUUUCUCAAUCAAUGCUUGGAUCAGCAUUUUUUACUACAUGAAGAUCGUUCCACAACACUGGAAAAUCUUCAUCUGGGUUAAGAAAAACAUGAAAGCCAUAGUUUUUGCUGGAUUUCUCUUUGACCAGACCUUGCUUACGUCUGCGUUAUCGGUGGGUACCGCAUCAACAUAUUUCUACCUGCGGAGACAUAUCAAGAGGAUGGAACAGACUACUGGUUCUUCCUCUCAUCCUCAGCAGAAGAACCAUAUGCGGGUGACUGUCAUGGGCAUAGUGCAGGCUGCUCUGUUCAUCCCCACCAGCCUGUAUGCCAUGGUCAUGGCUUUGCUCUUCUCAACUCUUUAUGAAACACUGGAUAAUAACAAACAUAUCACAAUGACAAUCGUGUCCAUAUCUAACUUGGCAAAUAUUUCGUGUUUGGGCUUUUCUCAGUCUGUUUUUCGGCUCAGGGUGAUCGCUUUAUUGAAGAGAGUGAAAAAGGCUUUUGGCUUGAUGGACCAAACUUAAAUUUUAUUGUGCAUAUAUUUGUGUACAACACAUUGUAAAACUAUCUAUAUCUAUAUAACUGUAUCAUUAGCAUUGACUAGAAAACUUACUGGGUAAUAAUGACAUUUAAUCAUCACACUUAUUCUUCUGUUAACUCACUCGAGCUCACUUUAUGUUAAUGCUUAGUUUUUCCAUGAAACUUUUGAAUCAUUUCAAGCGUAGCACACAGUAAUGUAUACAAUACAGUGGUAUUUUUAACUACAGAACAACGUGCCAAUUUUAUUUGAUCUGUUGUCGUGUGAAUUUGUGAGCAGAACUCCCUCCAAAAUUACCAGGGUUUUGAAGAAAAAUCCUCAAACAGCUACAAGAAUCAAUCUAUGCUUUAUCAAGUUGCUUCUUUUAUAAAGCUUUGGCAAUGGCAUGAUGCAAUCCUCAGAAACAUAAUAAAAGAUAGGAAAAAGAUAGCACUAUUAUAACUCACUAUCAUAAAACUGGCAUGUAUCUAAAAUGCACUAGCUACAGUUUUGGCUGAAAUAAAAUGAGACUGAAAAAGUUUUGUUAUAGUUUUUGGGCAUGAACUUACUUCAUAAAUGCAUAUUGAACAAGUGCAUUGUACCUUAUCUACCUAGAACACACUUGGCUGGACACGUGGAGAACUUUGGGACCAUUUUUCUCCUUUUCACUUAGGCUGUGUUUUUUACAGUUUUUCUGCCAGUCAGCACAAAGACAGCAACGAAAUACACUGCAUUGGUAGGUUUAAGGGGUUAGAGACAAAUAAACAUUCUGCAAAUCUACGAACAGCAUUGCUGAUUCUAGGGUAGUCGUGUCACAGCGUUUUUUAAUCAUUAUGGCCAAGGUAGCAAAUUAAAUGAGUAAUGUAUUUUAGCUGAGAAGUAAAGCCCACAGUAGCUUACAAGGUGACCUGACGUGAACACAAGUGACGAUCUGAACAUGAAUGCAGUACAGUGGUCAAAGAAAUUAGCAUCUUCAGCGUACACAGCUUGAAAUGAAUAUGGAAGCUACAUAUUUGGCUGCUAAAAAGAAAGGCUUCCACAGAUGUCAUCUGGAGCAGUCAGGCUUUGUUGACCCAGAUGCACUGAAUCUGCACUACAA